UCGCGAGCAAGAACGUUCUGCGCGGACGGGAUCGUUCUCUUCUGUGUCUCGAUUGAGAAGAAAAGUUAAACCACACAAUCUGUGGUCAAAAUUCACGGAAUUACCCGCAAAUUUGUUUCAUUUUUUUUUUAACAUUUUGGACUCGUCGGUAAUUGCGCGAAAUAAUUUUUCCCAAGUGAAAGACUACUUGGUGUUGACACGAUGUCGUGCUGUUGAGUAUUUGAUUUUUUUUUUUUUUAAACAAGAGAUUGCAAAUAAAUUGUUUCAACAAAACUCAGAAUAGAAAAUAUAUUUUAAUGAAGAAUUUUCUGGAAGAUAUUUUUGAACUAGAGACGAAAACAGCGGAUCGCAAGGAAGAAUCCGGAGAAAAGAUAGAUCGAUGAAGAAAUUUUCGUACAAAAAUUAUUUUAAUUAAUAGAUAUUUCAAAGAAAAUUGCUGUAAUAAACUUUAAGUGAACAGAUGAUGUAAAACUUCGUUUUGCAACAAGUGGGAAAUUGCUGGAGCAAAUCUAAUGAAGUCAAUCUUCUCGAAUAUAUAUAUAUAUAUAUCGUCAAUUACAUAAUAACGUUUUCUGAAGCAAAAUCAAGGUGAAAAGUGUGGCAUAAUAGAUUGCAAGUUUAAAGAAGAGAACCACAAAUAUUCUCCGUGUUCGCUCGCACGAAUUAUUCCAAACAAGAAAACGCGACUUCGAACGCCUCGUGCGUGUAACUUCCGCAAUCCAUGAGCGAAGUCUAGCGAAGUCGGUUCACUUGGUUUUCGCUCUGUCCUGUGACAAGAUGAAGCAUUAGAACAUAUCCUAAAUAUCAAAGUCUGCGAUUUGUUCUGAGACACGAUGUAAUUUGCUGGCGCCUGUCGGCAAAUAUUGAUAAUCCUCGCGUGCUGAACGGGCAACUUUCGAACGAAUAAGUACUCGACACAGCGCGUCUCUCUCAGUGCGAAAAGGGCAAACGUUUACUCUUUUGAAGAAGAAACCGACGAAAAAUUCACUGAGAUGGAUACCAUGCUGGAGAAAAUGGGAAAGCUGAAUCUGAGGAUUCCAAGCUGUCCAGUGAAGAGUUCGCAGCCACUGAAGGAGUUUGUUGGCCGCUGCCAGACUAUGCCAUCGCGGGUGAAGAAAUCGUUUUGUGGCUGUCUCCAGGAUGACGAGCCACCGGAAAUCACAUAUUGCAUCGUGGAUCACACGGGUACGCUCACGCUACAAGCCAUGACGCCGACUUUGCCGAUGCCGGCCGAGGAAGAACUGAACAAAAUGUUUCUCGAACUCGUGGACGAGUUGGACCUGACCCAGACCAAUCGACAAGCGGUUUUGGCACUUCCGGCGAACAAGAAGUGGCAGAUUUAUUGCUCGAGGAAAGGCAACGGCACGCUCGACAACGGGGGUUUGCGGACCACCGACCUAAGCGGCGAUCCUGAAGACUACAUCAACAGAUUGAAGACGAUAGCGAGCAGCCCAUUUCCGGAAGGUGACGAGGUGUCGAAUCAGAUGCGCCAGGCCGAGGCCUUGAAGACCGCACUGAGGACGCAGCCGCACAGUUUUGUCCUUAGAUUUAUAGAACUAGACGGUUUAAAUGCUUUGUUACAAGUACUGGGGACUAUGGACGCUGAAGCAGCCAACAGCAAUCUUCACACCAGCGUCAUAGGAUGUUUGAAAGCUUUAAUGAACAAUUCGAACGGUAGAGCGCACGUGUUGGCACAUCCGACAGCGAUCAACACGAUAUCACAGUCGCUGGCGACUGAAAACAUAAAGACGAAAAUCUCCGUGUUGGAGAUCCUCGGUGCGGUAUGUCUGGUGCCGGGUGGUCACCGCAAGGUCCUCGAGGCCAUGCUACACUUCCAGCAGUAUCAUUCCGAAAGAACGCGCUUCCAAAGUAUAAUCAACGACCUCGACAAGAACUUCGGCAUAUACAAAGACAACUUGUCUCUGAAAACGGCAAUCAUGUCUUUCAUCAACGCCGUGCUGAACUACGGACCCGGUCAGGUUACGCUGGAAUUUAGGUUGCAUCUGAGAUACGAAUUGCUGAUGCUCGGAAUUCAACCUAUCAUCGAUAAGUUGAGAAAAUACGAGAACGAGACGCUCGACAGGCAUCUCGAUUUCUUCGAGAUGGUGCGGAACGAGGACGAGAAGGAACUCGCGAGGAAGUUUGAAAAGGAACACGUGGACACGAAGAGCGCAAGUGCUAUGUUCGAUCUUUUGCGACGGAAGCUGAGCCACACUGCCGCUUAUCCUCAUCUUCUUAGUCUGCUGGAACAUUGUCUUUUGUUGCCACUUGAUUACGGUUCGCAUCCCCAGCAUUGGUUGCUGUUCGAUCGAAUAGUUCAGCAAAUUGUUCUACAGUCCGAAAGCAACGAAACGGGAUUGAUAAGAAAUCCGGAUGUGGCCCCGAUCGAAAUAAACGUGAAAGAAAUUGUGCAUCUCCUCGCAAAGGAAGAGGAACUCGUAGCGGCAAGAAAGAAGGCCGAAGAGUUGGAGCGCGAAAAUUCGGACAUGUCCACAAGACUGGCUAAGAAAGAACAGGAGUUAGAUUUAAGGACGCAAGAAAAAGAAGAUAUGGAGGCAAGUCUGGCGAGAAUCAAGGAACGUCUCGAGAAGGAGACGUCGAUGCACAUAGAGACGAAGCAAAGAAUCUCCGAGUUGCAAGAUAAUCUUGAAGCGUUAUCGCGACAAAUUAACAACGAAAAGUCUGAGCGGAAGCGGCUGGAACAGUUGGUGGCUUCAGGCAGUUUGCCAGAUGACGCGAAAGCCACUCUGAAAAUUGUGGAAGAUGAAGUACUUGAGAAAGUUGAGACUAAACCCACUCCGCCACCGCCGCCACCUCCUCCAUUAGCACCACCGCCACCUCCGUGUUUAAUGCCGGCUGCUCCUCCACCGAUGAAGGUGGAGAUAAUAAAGAACGUUCCGCAGCCCAGCAAUCCUUUGAAAUCGUUCAAUUGGUCAAAAAUACCCGAGCAGAAAUUACAGGGCACGAUAUGGUCCGAGUUGGAUGACACGAAACUCUAUAACGUAAUGGACCUCGAAUCAAUCGACAAAAUCUUUUGCGCUUAUCAAAAGAACGGCGUCUCGACGGAGGGCUCGAUAGAAGAUCUGAGAACGUUGGGAAAGAAUAAGAAAACGAUGUCGGUGAUCGAUUCGAGGAGGGCGCAGAACUGUACGAUACUACUCUCGAAGCUGAAGAUGUCUGACAACGAAAUUACAAGAACGAUACUGUCGAUGGAUCAGCAGAACAUCUUGCACAUAGAUAUGGUGGAACAGUUGCUCAAGUAUAUACCGUCUUCGGAGGAGGCCGCCUUGCUGGAUUUGCAUCAGAAAGAUCUGCAGAACAGGGCCGAUUGUUUCCUGUAUCAAAUAUCAAAAGUGCCGCAUUACGAGCAGAGGCUGCGCUCUCUGCAUUACAAGAAGAAAUUCGCGGCCAGCAUUGCGGAAUUAACGCCGAGAAUGCGAGCGGUUCUAGAAGCGAGCAGACAAGUGGCCAGAUCGAGAAGACUGAGGAAACUUCUGGAGUUGGUUUUGGCGUUGGGAAAUUACGUGAAUCGCGGAAACGCGCGGGGUAACGCGUGCGGUUUCCGACUGGCCUCUUUGAAUCGUCUAGUCGACACGAAGUCAUCUUGCUCAAAGGGUACGACUCUGCUGCAUUAUCUCGUGCAGAUUCUCGAAGCCAGAUUCAAAGAGGUCUUGGAAAUCGAAGAGGACAUGCCGCAUGUCAGAACGGCCGCCCGGGUCAGCAUGGCCGAUCUGCAGAAGGAAGUGGCCAACUUGAAAAAUGGAUUGCAAGAUGUUCAGAGAGAAAUAGAAUUUCAUCGAGGUCAAGCUCAGGUACUUCAAGGUGAUAUGUUCUUGCCGGCGAUGAGGGACUUCCAGGCGCAAGCCACGUGUAGAUUAGCUGAGGCGGAAGAUUUAUUCCAAGACAUGAAAACUAGGUUUGAUCGAGCGGUGAGGCUAUUCGGCGAGGAUUCCGCUGGCGUGCAACCAGACGAGUUCUUCGGCAUUUUUGAGAACUUUUUACAAGCUCUGGCUGAAGCGAGACAAGACGUAGAAAAUAUGAGAAAGAAGGUUGAAGAAGAGGAACGCAGAGCAAAACAAGAACAGGAACUCCGAAAGAGAACAAUAGAGAGAAAGAAUUCGCGGGAGGGAAUAUUGAACAGCAUAUCACUGAGCAAGAAAAACGAAGCGAACAGUAACGGACAGAGUGAUAACAAAGGCGAAUUUGACGAUCUUAUAUCCGCUCUGCGAACCGGCGAUGUAUUCGGCGAGGAUAUCGCGAAGUUCAAAAGAUCAAAACGACGACCUGUCACACCAAGCGGUCAGGAAUCGCGCAGACAUAGCGCCCACAAAGAAGAUUCCCGAGAACGUCAUUGAAACUCCGCAGAAUCCUGACUAUCGAUAACGUAAAACAGAAAAAAACAAAAAAUAAACAUCCUGAUUUGAUUAAUGCAUUUCCACACAAUUUUGAUAUACAAGUUUGUUACUCUCAACAAGUUUUUACAGACAUUUAUAUACACAAAAUUUGGCACACCAAUUUCUCUACACCAGGUGGAAAAAGAACCAACUCGAAGAAAUUUUCUAUGACCAAUUGAAUUGCUAUUGUUACACAUGCCUACAGGAAUUUGAUAUACGAUGGUAUUGAAUGUUAUGUAAUAUGUUAAAAGUUUUUUAUGAAUAUAUUGCCAGGGUUCUACAGGACUGGAAAAACCAGAAAACUUUUGUAUAAAAACAAAACGAAACAAAAAAACAAAAAAAAAAAAA